ACGCGCGCUCUCACGCCGUUACCUCGUUGCUGCGUUACCGACAGCGCCGCACUAACGCGGGAAAACUUUCCCCAUUUCCCCUCACGUACUAAGCGGUUACAGUUUCCACAGUGAAAAAAUCCAUCACAAUUUCCUAACGAAUAAAAUAAUUAAUUAUUGUCAUAAUAAUAAAUCAUUUAUUAAUUGGAUAGUGUUAUUGAGUGGAGUGUACUGGGAACAGUUUCGACAGUGGCAAUGAUAGUAAUGUGUAGAAGUUACGUGUGGGAAUUGAUAAUUAAUUACUGAAACGUAUUGUCACUGAGUGGUUCUGAUUUAUUGAUACAUUGCUGAGGCGGCUCAAUUUGAUUGUCCUCGGGUCUUAUGGCUCCCCGGCCGCGGCGAGACAGGAACACUACCUGAAAUGGGCGCGGCGCGCUAGCAUGCGGCACGCGCGUCAUGAACGGCUCGCUGGAGUGCGACACAGACGCGGACGUGCCGGCGGCCGACAAGCUGUUCCGCUUCGUGGUGCACGGCGUGCUGCUCAACGGCAUCGGCGCGGCCGGGCUGCUGGGCAACGCGCUGGCCGUGCUGGUGCUGUCGCGACCGCAGAUGCGCUCCUCCGUCAACUGCCUGCUGGUAGGGCUGGCGGCGUGCGACACGGCGCUCAUCCUCACGUCCGUACUGCUGUUCGGGCUGACGGCCGUGUACCCGUACGCGGGCGCGCUGCGCUACUACUACUACCACGUGUGCCCGCGCCUCACGCCCUACGCCUACCCGCUGGCCAACGUGGCGCAGACCAUGUCCGUGUACCUCACGCUCAUCGUGACCGUGGAGCGCUGGGUGGCCGUGUGCCACCCCUUCCGCGCCAAGGCGCUGUGCACGUCGUCGCGCGCGCGCUGGUACGUGCUGGGCACGGCCGCCUUCGCCUUCGCCUACAACGCGCCCAAGUUCUUCGAGGCCGAGGUGGUGGCCGUCGGCGACCCCGCCGUCGAGGUGAUCUACUGCGUGCGCGCCAACGUGGACUUCCGCACCGAUAGGUACGUGGCCGUGUACAUCCACUGGAUGUACCUGGUGGUGAUGUACAUCGUGCCGUUCUCGGCGCUGGCGGCGCUCAACGCGUGCAUCGUGCGCCAGGUGCGGCGCGCGCAGGCCGAGCGCGCGCGCCUGUCGCGCGUGCAGCGGCGCGAGCUGGGGCUGGCCACCAUGCUGCUGGUGGUGGUGCUCGUGUUCUUCCUGUGCAACCUGCUGCCGCUCGUCACCAACGCCUUCGAGGUGUUCCUCGGCGACCAGUUCGACAACCUCGACCCGCUCGUCAAGACGAGCAACCUGCUCGUCACCAUCAACAGCAGCGUCAACUUCGUCAUCUACGUCAUCUUCGGCGAGAAGUUCAAGCGCGUGUUCCUCAAGAUGUUCUGCGCCGGGCGCGUGCGGCCGCGCGGCCUGCGCGACUCGCCCGAGCACACGCGCGACGACUCGUUCGCGUCGUGCGGCGAGCGCAUGUCGCUGCGCCUGGCGCGCAACGGCACCGCGCGCGCCGCGCGCCUGGCGCGCCCGCGCCGCGCCGCCUCGCCCGCGCCCACCGUGUACUACCCCGCGCCGCCGCCCUCCACCGACGUGUCGCUGGCGUCCGCCGACGCGCCGCCGCCCGCCGCGCGCUGGAACGGCACCGCCAGGCUGCACUUCUGACGUCGGGACUCGUAAGCGCCGAGCGGUGCUGCCCGUAGUUGCUGAUCUACCUCUCCAGUGUGACAGUAUUAGUGAACUUAUGACGAGUGAAUGUGAAGUGCUGACCGCAUCGAAACUCUCGUGCUCAAUGUGUAGGUUAUGUGAAAACUAAUAAAAGACAUUAAUGUAGCCUUCUCCCGGGUGACGAAGGCGCGUACCUCAAUGUAAAUGCUCCUAGUGAUACGAUUACUAUAAGAUAUACUUUUUACUAAGCGUAAUGUUUUUUUCCAAUUAAAAAGAAUUUCCUCUACAACACUGUUUUUUGGCUGUGAAAUGGCCUUUAGAACGGCAACCCUACUACGCUCAGAACAUAAACUACCCAACCUACAGUGCAGCCGCUAACACUGAACAUCCUAUAUCCUUGUAAGCAACCCCUGUGACCAGCAUGUACAAACCUACAGCCCUUGAUGUUGAGUAGGUCGAGUUUCCGAUAAGUUGAUGUCUAUCCAACUAUGUGUAUGUAUGUAAAAUGUUAGUUAUAUUGUAAAUAGUCGCUGAUUGAAACUGUAACCGCAGGGCCACAACCUUGCAGCAUAAGCGACAACGGGUACGCUACAAGCAACAAAAACGACACACGCGAUUUAACGCAGCUCAUACUAACUGUCGCUAAUGUAACGUGGUCGUGGCCCAGUGGCACAGGCGUUAUUGUGAUAAACUGCCGUGCUCAGAGGACGAGGGUUCUAUUCUGUGACGUGUACGGAGUCAUGUGCAACAUGAUCCUAAUAGUUUAACUAAUUAAAAUCAUUUCAAUGUGUCACACCGUUUACAAACAUGUG